AUGCUAGCUCAUAAGCUAGAUCAAGCCACCCUUACAUCUCCAAGCUCUUCUUCACAACAAGUCAUGUCUUGUGAAACUUGUGGAGGAAAUGAUCACUUGUCCUCCUAUUGCAACUCAACUAACCAAGAACAAGCUGCGGCUAUUGGGCAAAGAAACGAUCAAUACUCUCAACCCUACAAUCAAGGUUGGAAACCCCAACAAAACACGGGUUGGAAACAACAAAAUCAAGGCCCCCCUCAAAAUCAAUACAACCAAUCUCAUCCACAAAACCAACAAGCUCCUUACCGUCACCCUAACCAAAGGGACCAAAACCAACAAAGGCAACAAUAUAACCAACUCGCUCCUCCACCUCCUCAAAAAUCUAGCCUUGAAGUCGCACUUGAAACCUUCAUUACACAACAAGGAAGAAGCAAUGCGGAUAUGCAAGCGAACAUCCAACAACUUCAAGCACACAACAAGAUAAUUGAGAAUCAAUUGGCUCAAAUUGCGCAACAAGUUGGAAGUUCAUCCUCCAAUCCUAGUGGUCACAUCCCAAGCUCAACGGUUGUGAACCCAAAGGAGCAAGCUAAGGCCAUCACUUUGAGAUCGGGGAGAGGUUAUGAAGGGUCGGUUAUGAGUGAAGAGGAGCCACAAAAGAGAGAUGAGGGAGUUGUGGUGAGAAAUGAGGAUGAGUUUGAAAAUGAGAUAGUUGAUGUUGAGAGAAAGGAGCCACAAAGUAAGAAUGAGGGAGAUGAGGAAAAGGUAGAAAAGCCCCCUAUGAAAGUAUACAAGCCUCCCAUUCCAUUCCCUCAUAGGAUUGUUGAAAAGAAAUUGAAUGAAAAGUUUUCAAACUUUCUUGAAGUCAUGAGAGGACUUCAAGUGAAUAUUCCCUUUCUUCAUGCUAUGUCACAAAUGCCUACAUAUGAAAAUUUUUUGAAGGAUCUUUUAUCCAACAAGAGUAGGCUUGAAGAGAGUAAAACCAUCUCCCUUCCUAAGGAGGUGAAUGCAAUCAUUCAAAACAAGCUCCCUCAAAAGCUUGGUGACCCCGGUAGCUAUGCAAUACCGGUGAAGAUUGGAGACUUAGAGGCUAUGGAUGCUUUAUGUGAUCUUGGGGAAAGUGUGAGUUUGAUGCCCUAUUCUAUUUCUAAGAGUUUGAAAGUGGGAGACUUGAAGCCAACAAGAAUGUCCUUACAAUUGGCCGACCGCACGGUUAGGCUACCUUUGGGAAUUCUUGAAGAUGUACCGGUUCAAAUUGGAAGAGUAUUUGUGCCGUGUGAUUUUGUGGUAAUGGAAAUGGAAGAAGAUACUACGGUGCCCCUAAUCUUAGGAAGACUGUUUUUGAACACCGCGGGUGUUGUGAUUGAGAUGAAGCAAGGAAUAUUGAACUUGAAUGUGGGAGAUGAGAAAAUAUCAUUUUCAUUUCCACAAACAUUGAAAAAGCCAUUGUAUGAUGAAGUUCAUAGAGUUGAUACAUUGGAAAGGGACUUAGAGAAGUUCCAAGAAAAUUUGUUUGAAGGAGAUCCUUUACAAGCUAUCCUAACGGGAGGCUUAGUUGAGGAAGGUGAAGAAACGAGGGGGUAUGAUCUUUUGCUCAACCAACCUUUAGUCCACAACGAAAAUAAAGUGGAAGUGCUUAAUGUGGAGGUAAAAGAGGAGAGGACUACGCCUCCUCACAAGGUUGAACUUAAACCCCUUCCUCCUUUACUUAAAUAUGAUUUUCUUGAUGAUAGUGAGAGUUAUCCCGUUAUUCUCAAUGCUAAACUUGAUGAUACCUCUCUUGGGAAACUCCUAGUUUUUUUAAGGGAGUAUAGAGGUAUCAUUGGGUACAAAAUUAAUGACAUUAAGGGGAUAAGUCCUACUAUAUGCAUGCAUAAGAUUUUACUUGAUGAUGAUCAUGCUUCCUCGAUUGAGCACCAAAUAAGGCUCAAUCCAAACAUGAAGGAAGUUGUGAAAAAAUAA